UUCGACGAAAUACACGGAACGAUUGUUAGACCUUGCGGUGUUCCAUCCGGUGAAUUUAGACGAACGCGCACCACGCUUUGAGCAAGGAUUUUAUGACCUUAUCGUUUAGCGUUAAGUGAGCAAGCUAGUUAUUAAUGUAACAUUUCCAUCUGAACAACGAAACCGCGUUUUGCCGGAUAUGACUUUACGAAAAAUAUGCACGUCAAAACGCAGCAUUUAUCGAUUUAUUUAUCAGCAAGUUGGUCAGAUAUGUUUCCCUGGGGCAUCUAGCUUUCACUCAACCGCCUGUUCGCACAACUCGAAUAGGACGGCUAUCGUGCGUUUUGGCAGACAACUAUAUGAGAGAAUGUACCCGGUUUUACUCGUCCGUGCCGAUGGCUCCACCAUUAAAAUCCGGUACAAGGAACCAAAGAGGGUACUGAUGAUGCCAAUUGAUAUCACUACACUCUCAGAAGAACAGAAGAAAGCCAGAUCAAAGAGACGGGAAGUGAAAAAGACCGUCCAGCAAAGCAAUGAUGACUUUGAGGACGAUUUCAAAGUUGAUGAUUACAGCAAGUUCUGGAAGAAUUAAAAUAAAUGUCAUUCAAUGAACUUUAAAAGAAAUAAUGUAAGAAGAUUUCGCAACUCUUCGUUUUUGCAGUCAUGUUUCAUUACAACAUUCAUGUGACAUGUAGAUGUUUUCUGUUGAUUAAUAAAUUAACCUGGGGCCUGUUCCACUUUUGAAUGAA